AUGGCAAAUAUAAGUACCAAUAAGUGGUACGCAUGGUAUCUACGCCUAGUUCCGACCGGCCGGUUCACCCUCCCCCCCUACACUACGGACAGCAACGGCAAGAUCAUCAUUCAUUAUGGAGAAGUUUUUUGUCGGGUGGAAGAUUGCGCCAAGGCAAAUCACAAGUAUACGGCUACUAACAAUCUCCGGACCCAUAUUAAGGCCCAUGAUGGCGUCCCUGUAGAUAAUGAUAACAAGGGCGGCCGCGUUGGACAGAAAGAAUUGGAUAACGCCAUACGCUGGUACAAGGACUUGUUUAGUGGUAAGGAGCCCAAUAUUGAGGAGGGUACCGGUACUGCCGGCGGCGGCGGCAGCAGCAGCACUGCGGGCCCGAACACGCCUAACCUUCCGCGUCCCGCUCUCCCUCUGACCAAGAAAGAUGGAAAUGUACAUAUCACCAACAUGCGCAAAUUGGUACGUAAUCUCGGUCACAAGGUUCCCUGCGCCAGCUGCGGCACCGCUAAGGAUUGUUGCAAAAAUAUCAAUAUUUGCGACCAUUUCCUGCUUUUUAAUUGCCAGAAUUUGGCUCCCACGACCAAUUCUGCCCAGCCAACCACUUCAAAGGCGGGCGAGGAAGAAGAGGCAUAA